UAUUCUCCCAACACACCUAAAAUUCAUUUCCCUAAUUUUGGCUUUGACUUCCUAUAUAACUAUUCAUCAUGGCUGAGGAGCACCACCACCACCACCUCUUCCACCACCACAAAGAGGAAGUUCCCGGUGAGGUUGAUUACAAGAAGGAGGAGAAGCAUCACAAGCAUCUUGAACACCUUGGAGAACUUGGAACAGCUGCAGCUGGUGCUUAUGCCUUGCAUGAGAAGCACGAGGCAAAGAAAGACCCAGAACAUGCUCACAGGCACAAGGUAGAAGAGGAGAUUGCAGCAGCUGCUGCGGCUGGUGCUGGUGGUUUUGUGUUCCAUGAACACCAUGAGAAAAAGGAAGCCAAGAAAGAAGAUGAGGAAGCUCAUGGAAAGAAGCACCAUCAUCUCUUUGGCUGAAUCGACAUCAACAUGAUAAAACAAUAUUCAAGCUCAGAAUAUCAUCAGUGUGUCUGUUUUAUUUUAUAUUCUGCAGUGUCUAAAAAUAAUUUCUGAGCAUGUUUGAAGAGUGUUUUAUUAUUUAUACUUUAUGUAUCUACUAUCAUAUGCUAUAAUAAUGUACAUGUGCAUUAUAUUGGCUA